ACGCCCAUAUACCGUAUGCGGCGCCUGGUAUCUCAUCGAUCACGCCCAUCAAAUCAGCAUCAACUAGUAGCGAUCUCUCCAGAACAUUUUAAGUUUUGUCUUUGUACUUUGAUGUCUAUCUAUCUAUCUACAGAUGAAUCGCACAGUAUAAAAGCCUGUAAACAAGAAAUGAGAAUCAUUCGUUCAUUAUACCUGGAUUGAACUACAGACACAGUACAGUGACAGAACACAAAUGGAUAGGACAGACACAUUGCUUUUCUUUUGUAAUGGAGUCAAGAUCAAGGAGAAUGAUGUGGACCCUGAGAUGACUCUCUUGACUUACCUCAGGACCAAAUUACGCUUGACUGGUACAAAGGCAGCUUGUGGUCAAGGAGGAUGCGGAGCCUGUACUGUAAUGAUAUCAUGUGCUGACCCUUUCACUAAGAAAAUCAGCCAUGUUGCAGUUACUGCAUGUUUGAUGCCUCUGUGUUUGGUUCAUGGGAAAGCUGUAACUACUGUGGAAGGACUAGGGGAUGUAAGGAAUGGAUUACAUGCAGUACAGGAGCGUCUUGCCAAGAGUCAUGGGACUCAGUGUGGGUUCUGUACACCAGGUAUGGUGAUGUCGGUGUACACCUUGCUACGCAACAACCCUAAACCCAACAUGGAUGACAUCCUGACGGCCAUAGAAGGCAACCUUUGUCGAUGUACAGGCUACAGACAGAUCUUAGAUGGAUUCUCUACUUUCUGUGGGGAUAAUUGCUACUGUGCUAGAAAGGAAGAAGAGACAAGGGGAAAAGAAGGGACCCAAGAUGUGAAGGUCCCUUCACUAACCACCAAGGAUCACAAAGGAUAUGACCCCACCCAAGAACCAAUAUUUCCACCGGACUUACUGCUUGACAAGGACAGUUUUAAAAGGUCAUUGAGCUUUAGGAAUGGUCAAUCUCAGUGGAUCCUAGCCUCGUCCCUUGAGGAGGUUACUCGGUUGAAGAACAAGUACCCAGCAGCUCCCUUUAUAGUAGGCAACACCAUCAUAGGUAACGUCAGGAGAGGGGGUGCUACCUUCCCGAUGGUUAUUUCCCCUAGUCCAAGGAUUCAAGAGUUGACGCAGAUCAAGGCGUCUGACCUUGGUGUUACAAUUGGUUGUGGAGUGACUAUGACACAGCUAAGUGAAGAACUAAGUGCCUUGAUAGGAAGCUUACCAGAAUAUCAGACAAGAACAUUUGCAGCGAUCAUUGACUUGCUGAGACAGUACGCCAGCCCACAGAUAAGAAACAUGGCUAGUCUGGGUGGCACUAUUUCAAGUUUUUCCAGAAGAGGCGAUAUAGUACCCCUUUUGAUGAUCUGUGGUGCAACUGCAACAUUGGUACAAGAAGGAGGUGAAAGAGAGGUGGUCCUUGAUGAGAAUUAUAAGAAGUGCAGUGAAAACUCUCUGAAAGCUACAGAGAUAGCUAAGCAUGUCUUCAUACCAUACACAUCAAAGAAUGAAUACUGUUAUGCAUUCAAGAUCAAUCAAAGAAGAAGAAACUCUCUUGCCACUGUCAAUGCUUGUAUCUUCUUUGUGAUGGAUGGUGGAAAGGCUAGCCAUGUUUCCACUCUUACCAUGAUGUUUGGAGGAGAGAGUCUUCUAGGACCUUUACAAUUCAAGAAUAGGACACUUGAUCAAGGUCUACUCCAAGAUGUCAUCAAUACAAUACCUACCAAAGUGACCCAGGAAGUAAAUGAUAAGGAAUCUGACCUGAACAGUGCAGAGUUCAAAGGUUGUCUGAUGGCCACAUGUUUCAUCCGAAGCUUUGUCAGUCUAUGUCAGGAAACAGGUCACUCCGAGAUUUUAGAGCAGACGACUGCUCUUGGUGUUCCUCUUAAUGAUGCUAGUCUUCUCUCCAGCCUCUCUGAGGGAUCAUUCUCUAGUGCUCAAGUAUUUCAGCCCCCACCCGAGAGUCAGCCAGAUAUUGAUCCUGUAGGGCGCCCUCUAGUCAACCUGUCGGCGUUUGAACAAUGCUCUGGAGAGGCUGUUUACACAGAUGAUAUCCCACCAAUAGAAGGUGAACUGUGUCUUGUUCCUGUAUUGAGUAAUCGACCACAUGCUAAGAUCAUAUCUAUUGAUCCAUCAGAAGCCUUAGCUGUGGAAGGGGUUGUCCAGUUUGUAUCACACACUGAUGUCCCUGGAGUCAAUGGUCAAAUACUAGAUCCUACCGAAGAAGCAUUUGUCUCUAAAAUAGUCCAUGCUGUUGGCCAACCCAUUGGCGGUAUUGUUGCCAAAGACAGGCAAACUGCAACGAGGGCAGCAAAGCUAGUCAACGUUCACUAUGAGGAUAUUCAGCCUGCUAUUAUGAACAUCGAGGAUGCCAUUGCUCAUAACUCCUACUUCAGUCCCGAGCCAAAGGUCUUGACAAGGGGUGAUGUGGACAGCGCCCUCGAGGAAGCGUCUCACAUCUUAGAUGGAGAUUUCGGCAUAGGUAGCCAGGAUCAUUGUUACAUGGAACCAAGAGCCUGCAUUGCCAAGCCCCUGGAAGGAAAUGGCAUGGAACUGACAGUGACCACCCAGUCACCUAACAACAUACAGAUGAAUGUUGCCCACUGUCUUGGUAUAGAUGCAAACAAAGUAGUGUGUAAAUUGAAGCGUCUAGGAGGAGCAUUUGGUGGAAAGGAUGGCAGGCAUCAGUUUGCUAUGAUUACAGCUGUUUCAGCUAGCAAGGUCCGUAAACCUGUCAGGUUGUGCUUAUCAAGAUUGGAUGACACCAUCAUGAGGGGGUUUAGGAGCCCAUUUCUUGCCAAGUACAAGGUCGGCUUUGAUGAUGAAGGAAGAAUCCUGGCUCUGGAUGUUACGCUUUAUUGUGAUAGUGGAUGGAGCCAAGACCUUUCACCCUUUAUUCUUACCCGAGCAAUGCUUCAUUUGGACAGUGCAUAUUCCCCGAAGCAUUGCCGAAUCAGCGGUUAUCUAUGCAAGACAAAUAAUCCUUCCUACACCUCAAUGAGAGGCUUUGGUUUACCACAGGCAACAAUGACCAUGGAACAUGUUUUAUCAGAAGUGGGACUAGCGCGUAACAUUCCCCAGCUACAGGUUCGUGAGAUCAACUUAAAGAGUGAUGGGGAAGCAAUGUACGAGGGCCAGGCUCCACUAAACAUGGCAAUCAUUAAGAUGUGUUGGACGAAAUGCCUCGAGCAGAGUAAAUAUGAAGAGAGACUGCAGGAGAUUGAGAGGUUUAAUAAGAGCAAUCGAUGGAAGAAGCAAGGUAUAGCGAUCACCCCCAUGAUAUACGGAACUGGCUUCUCUGAUUGGACGCCUAUGAACCAGGGAGCAGCUCUGGUACACAUCUAUACCGAUGGCUCUGUUCUUGUUCAUCAUGGUGGGGUUGAAAUGGGCCAGGGUCUACACACCAAGAUCAUUCAGAUUGCUAGUAGAGUUCUCGGUCGACCGGUGGAGAAGAUACACACCUCUGACACCUCAACAGAUCGUAUCCCGAAUGCGACCGUAACUUCAGGUAGCCUUGGGACGGAGCUCUUCGGAGGGGCUGUUAAGAAUGCUUGUGAAAUCCUUAAUGAACGAUUGAAACCAUUCAAGGAUGCCAACCCAUCAGGAGCCUGGGAGCAAUGGGUAUUUGCUGCAUAUUGUGCCAAAGUCAGUUUAUCUGCUACUGGAUUCCAUAGACUGGAAGGUAUGGACUGGGACUGGCAAACCAAGAAGGGGAAUCCGUAUGCUUACGACACAUACGGGGUGGGCGUGUCACAGGUUGAGAUAGAUUGCCUUACCGGUGAGCAUAGUCUUCUUCGUACAGACCUCGUGCUGGAGAUUGGAAAGAGUAUCAAUCCCGCUCUCGAUAUCGGACAGAUCGAAGGAGGCUUCAUCCAGGCAUAUGGAUACUUCACCAUGGAACAGGUUAAGAUGUCUCGAGAGGGCGCCCUACUCACCCAAGUCCCGCAGACCUAUAAGAUCCCCUUAGCAUCGGACAUACCGGCUGAAUUCAACGUGACGUUGCUGAGGGAAGGCUUGGAUAAUAUCAACACUGUGUACUCAUCGAAGGCCGUAGGAGAAUGUUCUAUGGUAUUGGCCAUCUCUGUGCCUUUUGCCAUCAAGCAUGCCAUCACAUCAGUACGACAGGAUCUCGGGAUGGUGGGUCCAUUCACACUCAACUCUCCAGCUACACUAGAAGAAAUUGGAAUGGCCUGCGGAGGCAACAAAUUGAUCAAAUGUGAAAGGAGCUCAAAUGAUGAAGAAUGAAGGUGUACAGGUAUGUGGGUCCAUUCACACUCAACUCUCCUGCUACAGUAGAAGAAAUUAGAAUGGCCUGUGGAGGCAGCACAUUAAUCAAAUGUGAAGAAUAAAGAUGUACAGGUAUGUGGUUUCAUAGAUUCUAUGGACAGAAGUGGACAGGAGAGGAGGAACGAUAGCUCAGUCCGUCGAGCCGGGGUUUCUGAUUCCGGUGACCCGGGUUCAAUUCCCACUUGGUGGACUAGUGCCUUUUGGUAUGGCAUCUAUCCACAUUACUACUACUAGGUCCCUCGGAGAGGACCUGGUUGCUUGCUUACAUGCAUUCAUGCUUUCUUAGCAGUCAAGGUAAAAAAAAAUGGCUUCAAACUUUUCUUGUUCGGUAAUCGGUGGGAAUAUAAUGCUUUACUACAUGAUGUACUUUUGACCAAAUAUACAACAAUAUCUGUAGUGUGUGAAUUUAUACUUGGAACAUAAGGGUUGAAUGGAAUCUUUACUUCAUAUCAUACUCCUUUUAUAUCAUAUUUAUAUAUUUAUUCAUAUACUGAGAGUCUAAUAUUUGUGGGAAUGUUUUGUUUUCUAAAGUAUUGUAAAUGACUUUGUUUCAAAGGCUUUUGAAUUCUUUCACAGUAUUGAAGUCAGAAAAGACAUCAUAUAACUGAUAUUUCUUUUGCAAUUUCCUGUUGGAUAUUACCCCCCCCAAAAAAAAAAAUGGAAUACUGAGAUUAAAUUGAGAAAUACACAUUCUUUCCUUUUUAAAUGCAGUUUUUCUGUUAGAAAUGCCCCUGUUCUCCCCGUGGGAAGAUAUGCCAUAUGUCAUUUUGGAUGGAUAAUCAUCCUAAAUGAUCAUGCAAGAUUAUUAGCAAUCAUGUGUAAUUUUUCUUUUUAUGUCCAAACUUUUUUUGAACUCACAUGGUAUGGUGAAUGCUUUUCCAUGAAAUUUAUGAAAGUGGUAUUCUUUCUUAUUACUUUCCGAAUUUCAAAUUAUGAUGUUAAUCUUAUUACUGUUAUUCAAUACAUUUAUAGCAAUCAACACAGAUUUAUAUUUCUGUAGAUUCUCAUAUUUAGUAUUAAUUUUUGAUAUUGAUGAAUGUGUUUGGUACUCAAAUUUGAUAAUAAUGCAUUUAAAAAACUGUGUGUGAAAGGAAGCCUUACCUUGUAAUAUGUGUGCUGAUAGAACUAUAAUGGGUUUUCUAAUUGGAUGUUUAUAACAUGUCUAGUCCUUGUGGUUUGCAUAGACUUGUAAAUGGAUAGCUUCAAGAAAUCAUGAUAUGGAUCAUAUUUUACUGUUAGAUAAUGUACAAUGUCUAUGGGAAUUAUUUUUACACUAUACAUUUUUUAAAAUGAGGAGAUGAACUAUGCUAGAAAUAAAAUAUGAAUCCUAAUCUGGCUUUUGUGAAAGAUGAUGAAUCGCAUAUCAUAAGACAGAGAAAAUUUUGGAAUUUGUGAUCAGUCAUGAUGGAAUUAUGAUGAAUCAUGACAUAUGAUAAUUCAUGUUUCGAGACAUUUCUGUGAUUGUUGGGGCAUAGCUUGCCAUGCUUCAAUUAUCAUGAUUUAAAAUGUUUGUUGGUAUUUACUAUUAUCCAUUUUUACAGGAAGUGAAGUAUGAAAUAUGAAUCUCAUGGCAACUUUCUACAAAUGUCUAUCAGGCAACAUUCAUCCAAAAUUAGUUAGUAAAAUGAGUCAAAACAAUUUAGAUACAAAUAAAUGUAUAACAAAAGGAUAUCAUCUAAUCUUUCUGAAAAGAAGAAGUAUAAAUUUUGACCAUUGAAGUAUUGUGAAUUACACUUCAUUGAUCACAGCAAGGUCUGAAAAAACUUUUUGGUUAUUUUCUUUUAAAGAUAUCAUGAUAAUUUGGAGUUUAACAAAUAUAUCAGAUAUAUCUGAAAAUAAAAUGAUGUGUCUGAGAGGUAGUUUUACCUCUUUUUGUAGAAUGUUAUUUUUUUGUAAAAUAUAAUGCCUGCCAAAAAUUGUAAUAUUGCUAUUAAUGUUUGAUUUUUGGGUUGGGUUUCUAUUUAUUUAGAUCUAUCUCCAUCUGCCUGCCUGCUCACUUGCUCUUGGGGGUGCCCCUUGGUUUUUGUCUUGCCUGCAUAGCAGAGAGACGAUAGGCGCCGCUUUUCCGACUCAGUUUGUUUUCUUAGACAAACUCUCACAAAGCGUACCAUCCAAAGGAAUUUCCCUUUGCCAUUAACAAAUAAAUUUAUAGUUACUACUAAAUUGCCCCUCCCUCUCUUUCUCUGUCCCCCUAAUUAUACCGCCUUUCUCAUUCCCUUUAUCUCCCCUCCCAAACUAUUACUUCGAUUUCUCAACUUUCUUUUUCCUAUUUAUUUUUCCCCCUCCUGCUCCUCCUCCUCUUUCUUUUCUCCUCCUGCUUCUUCUGUCUCUGCAUUUCUCUCUUUCUUUCUCUCUCUUUUGCACAGAAUGAAAUGAACAAAUUUCAAAGAUGACAAUUAUAUUUUUGUCUUUUUCUGCAUUUAUAUUAUAUGUAAUGUAUAGAAACAUAAUUUUUUUUACAUUAGUUUAGUUCCCAUAUCAUUAAUUAAAUUUGCUUCAAUUUUGCUUCAUUUCAUGUUCAUUAUGUAUUUUUUUCUUAGUUUGAUUACAUAUUUUUGUAUUGAAUGAAGAGUAAAUUGAAGUUGAAGAGAAAAGGCUUUCAAGAAAGAUCAUGAUCGUCACUAUGAAGACACAUACAUGACAAUCUAAUAGAACCAAGUUUGAUUUAUUUUAAUCCACCAUUUGCAAUUUGCUUAAACAUUGCACUGGUAUAAACAUAUUUUGUUCAAGUCAAGGAAAAAUGUAUUAUCACUCCUUUCAAUAUGUUUGUUGUAAUACAUCAAGUCAUAUACUACAUUUUAUAGAGGAUAGAACAAUUUGAAGAUAUUGGAAUGGGGCUUUAUAAAAAAAAAACAUUGAUCAGAUUGGUGGAUAUUAUUCAUGGGGGUCAAAAUUGUAAUUUGCAACUGGUUUGUUUUGUAAUCAUUAAGAAUUAAAAAACAAACAAAUACUUCA